GCUUUUUUACCAUUAUUUUCCAAUUUUGUUAAUUUUCUUUCUUGACAGCUUAUUAUUAUUUAUGCCACUCCAAUAAGUUCGCGGCCCUUGGUCUUUGCCUUUCUCUUUCAUUUUUUUACGCAGUUUUUUGUCAACGUAAACUCCUCUCUUUCUAGACUCUAAAAAAUAAAAAAAAAAUCCCAAAAGCCAUUCAUGGAGACAAACCAAGAAAAUUCACCACUGACCCAGAUGAGGAAAUCAGUUCAAAAGCUUGGUUCUUCAACAGAGAAUUAUAGUGAGGCAACGCUGAUGAGAUUCCUGGUGGCGAGGUCGAUGGAGCCGGAGAAGGCGGCGAAGAUGUUCGUUCAGUGGCAGAAGUGGAGGGCGUCUUUGGUUCCAAAUGGUUUCAUUGCUGACUCUGAAGUGCCGGACGAAUUGGAAGCAAGAAAGAUUUAUUUGCAAGGUUUGUCCACCAAAGGACAUCCCCUUAUGAUUGUUAAAGGAAGCAAGCAUUAUCCUUCUAAAGACCAUCUUCAAUUCAAAAAAUUUGUGGCCCAUCUUCUUGACAAAACAAUUGCAAGCUCUCCUAAAGAAAGGGAGAUAGGAAAUGAAAAGUUGAUUGGCAUUCUUGAUCUGCAACAUAUCUCGUAUAAGAACGUUGAUGUCCGGGGGUUGAUAACUGGUUUUCAGUUUCUGCAGGCUUACUACCCUGAACGUUUGGCAAAGUGCUUCCUUUUGCAUAUGCCAUGGUUCUUUGAAAGUAUUUGGAAGAUGAUUUCUCGCUUCCUUGAUAAGGCAACUCUAGAAAAGAUUGUAAUAGUGACCAAUGAGGAUGAAAGAACAAAAUUCAUAAAAGAAGUUGGUGAAGAAACCUUGCCAGAAGAGUAUGGUGGAAAAGCAAAACUUAGAGCACUCCAAGAUGUUCAAUUGGCCCCAUUAGAUGAUUGAAUCCGAAAAUUUACUAAAAGGUUGGCAAUUGGAUACUGUGACAGCCUCUUCUCCUAUCAAAGGUUAUGUACAAAUGAUACAUAUUGUUGAGUUGAGAGAGCAGGCUGUUUAUUUGUAGAAACUGUAUGUUGCCAUGUAUCGAAAUGUUUCCUUUAAAGUCUUGCAUUAUUAUUAUUAAUAAAAAGAGGCACUCUUGUC